GGUACACGUUAGAUGGCGCUGUUGCGUAGGUAGGCGCUAAGCUGCCAGUAUAGCGACAACCGUCCGAUGGGAAAGACGUCCGGGGGUCGGCCCGAGCCAGGAGUACGCUCGCACAGAGUAAAUAAUCGCAGGGAGUCGGGCGUGUCGUGGGGUCGCCGCGGGCGCGGGGUCGGCGGGGGGCGCGGCGCGAGCGGCGCGAGCGCGUGGCGGCGGCGCGAGCGCCUCGCGCAGUCUCGCAGGCCCAUGGAGAUCCUCACCAGCCUCUAUGCGCUGCUGUCUGGCGGGCAAGGUGUUAACCCGAAGAUCGACUCCGUCGCGUUCCGACUGCACUGCGGGGCCACGACCGCGGCGCUGCUGGCGGCGAGCGCGGCGCUCACCACGCGCCAUCUCGUGGGCAACCCGAUCGACUGCAUACACACGAGGGACAUCCCCGAAGACGUGCUGAACACAUACUGCUGGAUCCACUCGACGUUCACAGUGGCGGGGGAAGCGGGUGCCUAUCCGGGCGUACGGGGUGCCGGCAGCUCCCCGCGCCGCUACGGCAAAUACUACCAGUGGGUCGCCUUCAUGCUGUUUCUGCAGGUCAGUAUAUAUACCCUAGCACUGGACACGCACUGCUGGAUUCACUCGACGUUUACAGUGGCGGGGAAGGUGGGCACGAAUCCGGGCGUGUAG